AUGGCACCACAAACUGAACAGAUGGACUUCCUGUCCAAGUUCAUAGCCACACAUCGAGUCCCCGAAGAUGCCUGCCGACGCUUCGCAUCGGUCGAGUGGACCAACAAGCACCUAUCCAACCCUCUUUACAAGGCCGUACCCACCUUCUCGCGCGUGCUCAAACCAUCUGGCGAGGACUACUUCUUCUCGCGCACCGUCAGCAGCCCGUCAACCAUCCCCCACCUAGUCACGCUGCAGUUGAAAGAUUUCCCGUUCAAGGAAGAAACUCCCAAAGGACAAUUGAAAAUGAGAACAUCCCACAAUGAGGUUACACAAGUACCCGAGAAUCCAGACUGCAUCAUGCUUCUGGAACUCGGGCACCCGGGUCUCGAUGGCCACCCGUCAGUCAUCCACGGUGGCAUGGCCUGCGCUAUCCUCGACGAGAUGAUGGGAUUGUGCGUGAUGUUACAUCACCAACACGUCUCAGGGCCCAGAGACUCUCUUUUCACCGCCAGCCUGAAUGUCACUUACCGCGCGCCCAUCCCAACGCCGAACAAUGUCCUUGUGCGGUGCUGGCUCGCCGGAAGAGAAGGUCGGAAGUGGUUGUCGAGGGGACAAAUUGUAGACAAAGACGGCAAGGUCCUGACGGAAGCCGAAGGACUGUGGGUGAUGACGAAGAGGCAAGAAAAGUUAUAA